GUAGUGCUGUUUUAAUCAAGCUGCCCACAGUCCCCCAAUCACUCCUGGAACGCAGCGGUGAGAGGCAGCAGCUUGCUAAGUGGACAAGGAUGCUGGGCGUGAGGGCCCAAGGCCCGCCCUGCACUCGGGCCUCCUCCAGCCAGUGCUGACCAGGGACUUCUGACCUGCUGGCCACCCAGGACCUGUGUGGGGAGGCCCUCCUGCUGCCUUGGGGUGACAAUCUCAGCUCCAGGCUACAGGGAGACUGGGAGGAUCACAGAGCCAGCAUGGAUCCUGACAGUGAUCAACCUCUGAACAGCCUCGAUGUCAACCCCCUGCGCAAACCCCGUACCCCCAUGGAGACCUUCAGAAAGGUGGGGAUCCCCAUCAUCGUAGCACUACUGAGCCUGGCGAGUAUCAUCAUUGUGGUUGUCCUCAUCAAGGUGAUUCUGGAUAAAUACUACUUCCUCUGCGAGCAGCCCCUCCACUUCAUCCCAAGGAAGCAGCUGUGUGACGGGGAGCUGGACUGUCCCUUGGGAGAGGACGAGGAGCACUGUGUCAAGAGCUUCCCUGAAGGGCCUGCAGUGGCAGUCCGCCUCUCCAAGGACCGAUCCACCCUGCAGGUGCUGGACCCGGCCACAGGGAACUGGUUCUCUGCCUGUUUCGACAACUUCACAGAAGCUCUGGCCGAGACAGCCUGCAGGCAGAUGGGCUACAGCAGCAAACCCACUUUCAGAGCUGUGGAGAUUGGCCCAGACCAGGAUCUGGAUGUUGUUGAAAUCACAGAAAACAGCCAGGAGCUUCAAGUGAGGAACUCAAGUGGGCCCUGUCUCUCAGGCUCCCUGGUCUCCCUGCACUGUCUUGCCUGUGGGGAGAGCCUGAAAACCCCCCGUGUGGUGGGCGGGGAGGAGGCCUCUGUGGAUUCUUGGCCUUGGCAGGUCAGCAUCCAGUACGACAAACAGCACGUCUGUGGAGGGAGCAUCCUGGACCCCCACUGGGUCCUCACAGCAGCGCAUUGCUUCAGGAAACAUACCGAUGUGUUCAACUGGAAGGUGCGGGCGGGCUCAGACAAACUGGGCAGUUUCCCAUCCCUGGCUGUGGCCAAGAUCAUCAUCAUUGAAUUCAACCCCAUGUACCCCAAAGACAAUGACAUCGCCCUCAUGAAGCUGCAGCUCCCACUCACUUUCUCAGGCACUGUCAGGCCCAUCUGCCUGCCCUUCUCUGAUGAGGAGCUCACUCCAGCCACCCCACUCUGGAUCAUUGGAUGGGGCUUUACAAAGCAAAAGGGAGGGAAGAUGUCUGACAUACUGCUGCAGGCGUCAGUCCAGGUCAUUGACAGCAUACGGUGCAAUGCAGACGAUGCGUACCAGGGGGAAGUCACCGAGAAGAUGGUGUGUGCAGGCAUCCCGGAAGGGGGUGUGGACACCUGCCAGGGUGACAGUGGUGGACCCCUGAUGUACCAAUCUGACCAGUGGCAGGUGGUGGGCAUCGUUAGCUGGGGCUAUGGCUGUGGGGACCCGAGCACCCCAGGAGUGUACACCAAGGUCUCAGCCUAUCUUAACUGGAUCUACAAUGUCCGGAAGGCUGAACUGUAAUGCUGCUGCCCCUUUGCAGUGCUGGGAGCUGCUUCCUUCCUGCCCUGCCCACCUGGAGAUCCCCCAAAGUCAGACACAGAGCAAGAGCCCCCUUGGGUACACCCCUCUGCCCACAACCUCAGCAUUUCUUGGAGCAGCAAAGGGCCUCAAUUCCUGUAAGAGACCCUCACAGCCCAGAGGCGCCCAGAGGAAGUCAGCAGCCCAAGCUCAGCCACACUUGGUGCUCCCAGCAUCCCAGGGAGAGAUGCGGCCCACUGAACACGCCAGACUGCAGGCCAAGGUCUCAGGGGUAUUGCUAAGCCGAGAAGGAACUUUCCCACACUACUGAAUGGAAGUAGGCUGUCUUGUGAAAGCCCAGAUCACUGUGGGCUGGAGAGGAGGAGGAAAGGGUCUGUGCCAGCCCUGUCCGUCUUCACCCAUCCCCAAGCCUACUGGAGCAAGAAACCAGUUGUAAUAUAAAACGCACUGCCCUACUGUUGGUGUGAUUACUGUUACCGACUGUUGUUAUUGUUAUUACAGCUAUGGCCACUAUUAUUAAAGAGCUGUGUGACAUCUCUGG